UCGCGGUGUGAACCCAGCCAGCGAUCCUGCGUCCCCUGCCCGGGAAGAUGGCCAAGGUGGCCAAGGACCUGCGCGCAGGAGCUCAGAAGAUGUCCCUGGGCCAGCAGCAGGCGGCGAGAGGCGUGGCUUGUCUGAGAUGCAAGGGGUCGUGCUCCGGCUUCGAGCCCCACUCGUGGAGGAAGAUCUGCAAGUCGUGCAAGUGUAGCCAGGAGGACCAUUGCCUGAGCUCCGACCUGGAGGACGACCGGAAGAUCGGCCGCCUGCUCAUGGACUCCAAGUACUCCACGCUCACGGCCCGCGUGAAGGGCGGCGACGGCGUCCGCAUCUACAAGAGGAACCGCAUGAUCAUGACCAACCCCAUCGCCACGGGCAAGGACCCCACCUUCGACACCAUCACCUACGAGUGGGCACCCCCCGGGGUCACCCAGAAACUGGGAAUGCAGUACAUGGAGCUCAUCCCCAAGGAGAAGCAGCCCGUGACGGGCACCGAGGGCGCCUACUACCGCCGGCGCCAGCUCCUGCACCAGCUCCCCAUCUACGACCAGGACGCCUCCCGCUGCCGCGGACUGUCCGAGAGCGAGCUGCCCCUCAUGGAGGAGUUCGUCAAGCAGUACAAGAGCGACGCCCUGGGCGUGGGCGAAGUGGCCCUCCCCGGGCAGGGCGGCUUGCCCAAGGAAGAGGGCAAGCAGCAGGAGAAGCCCGAGGGGGCGGAGCCCGCCGCGCCCACCGCCAACGGCAGCCUGGGUGACCCGGGCAAGGAAGUGGAAUACGUCUGCGAGCUCUGCAAGGGAGUGGCGGCCGCCGACAGCCCCGUGGUCUACUGCGACAGGGCGGGAUACGACAAGCAGUGGCACCCCACCUGCUUUGUGUGCGCCCAGUGCCGGGAGCCGCUGGUGGACCUCAUCUACUUCUGGAAGGACGGCGCGCCCUGGUGCGGCCGCCACUACUGCCAGAGCCUGCGGCCCCGCUGCUCCGGCUGCGACGAGAUCAUCUUCUCCGAGGACUUCCAGCGCGUGGAGGACCUGGCCUGGCACCGGAAGCACUUUGUCUGCGAGGGCUGCGAGCAGCCGCUGAGUGGCCGGGCCUACAUCGUCACCAAGGGGCGGCUGCUGUGCCCCACCUGCAGCAAGUCCACGCGCUCCUGAAGCCCCCACGUACACAGCCGCAAGCCACAGGACCCCCAGAACCAGAGCCAGGCGCCACAGCGGCCGGCGGCGUCCACCCGGAUCGGGCUGAGGUUUCCAAUCCAGACGCGCCCCGUGGAGGCUUAGGGGGCAGCUGCGCCUGUCUGUCCCCGUCUCAGCUGCUACCCGCGGAAGACCCUGGCGCCCCGUCGGGGAGAGCAGUGACGCUUCAAGCAGCCUGGGAUCCCAGCUCUGUCACUUGUUGCCUCUUUUCCAAGCAGAAUCUGAAUUUUAAAUAAACAGCUCUUAUUUUUUUUUUGGCAUGAUAAGCAUAUCAAUAAAAGUUUUAUGAAUG